GGGCACGUAUUUCACGUGUUGCGCAUGUAGGACCUGCGGGAGGACCUUGUAGUCCACAAUGGCGGCGCCCAACGGAACUUUAAACUGUGAGGACUUUUCAAUGUUUCAGGAUGUUCUGAAGGUGAUGCGUAACAUAGAUGACCGUAUUGUCCAUUCUCUCAACACCACCGUGCCGACUGUCUCCUUCUCAGGCAGAGUGGACGCCACCCAGACAUGCAGACAGCUCUAUGAGUCUCUGAUGGAGGCCCACCUGAGCAGAGACCGAGCCAUUAAGACGUGUAUAGCCCAGACCUCUGAGGUGGUGGGCCAGCUGAGAGAGCAGAGGGCCAAGGACGGAGACAACAUGACAACUGUCAAACUACUCAGGAAGGAACAGACCAAGUUAAAACUCAUGCGGUCGGAGCUGAAUGUUGAAGAGGUUGUUAAUGACAGAAGUCUGAAGGUGUUCAGUGAACGGUGCCGGACCCACUACACGCCUCCUACGGUCAAGUGACUAUCUGAGCUGCUCUGGUGAGAAUAGCUGCAGAUCCAGGUGGCUGCAUCAGGAUCAGAACCAGCCAUUGAGUCACCCGUGGACUUGACCCUUGCCCUCCAGCCGACCACACUGUUAUCAUCCAUGGGGACCGCUGCGUUGCCUCACAACAAGGCCACCUCUGUCAAGCAAUCUGCUCUGUUUAUUUUCAUGAUUGUAGUUUUUAUUUGAAUUUUUUUAAACAAUGAAGUGUUUUCCAAUGGC